GACGCCCAGAGCGGAAGUGGAGGAGCGGCCGGAAGUAGCCUGAAUCCCAGUCUGACUGACCGGCUGACAGGCUUUGACAGGAACCGGAGCUGCGACAAGGAGUUGGUGACCAUGGAGUUGGGCGAGCUGCUUUACAACAAGUCCGAGUACAUCGAGACGGCAUCUGGAAACAAAGUUAGUCGCCAGUCCGUAUUGUGUGGAAGUCAGAACAUCGUUCUUAAUGGCAAGACCAUUGUGAUGAAUGACUGUAUUAUCCGAGGGGAUCUAGCAAAUGUAAGAGUUGGACGUCAUUGUGUUGUGAAAAGUCGGAGUGUCAUAAGGCCACCGUUCAAGAAAUUCAGCAAAGGCGUUGCAUUCUUUCCUUUACAUAUCGGGGACCAUGUCUUUAUUGAGGAAGAUUGUGUGGUCAACGCAGCUCAGAUUGGCUCUUACGUUCACGUUGGCAAGAACUGUGUGAUUGGGCGCCGAUGUGUGUUGAAAGAUUGCUGCAAAAUUCUUGACAACACAGUAUUACCCCCAGAAACUGUGGUGCCACCAUUCACCGUCUUCUCAGGCUGCCCAGGACUGUUUUCAGGGGAGCUCCCAGAAUGUACCCAGGAGCUGAUGAUUGACGUCACCAAGAGCUACUACCAGAAGUUUUUGCCCUUGACACAGGUCUAAUGUCUCUGCCUCGUGUCUCAAAUUUGCUUGAGCUCUAAGAUGAACUUGGGGACAAAGUGAGCCAGCCAGCAUCUACAAAGAGCUCUUGUGUCUUUGAUACCUUCCACCCUCUUUUUUGGUUUGUCUGGUUUUGUUUAAUUCUUUAGAAUUUCUCAGUCCUUCCAGGUUCUAAGCUAAGACUUUAAUAACAGAAUGUCUGGAGGAGUUGUGUCCAAAUGCUGUGCUUAAACCUUAUCUAUUAAUGGCCCCUUCAUACCAUUAUCUGUGGAACACAGAAUCAUCUGUUCCCAAUACGCCCACUCCUUGGUCCUGUGGAUGACGGGAUCCUGCCGAAACAGGCCUGCAGAGCAGAGCACUGUCCCAGCGUGGAGGUUAUGAAGCUGAUCUACUGCUCAUGGCCAUUAGCUGCCCACAAUGAACACCACUCACAUGGGUCACUCCCAGCUUUCCUGAGCUAACACAUUUGGCCAGUUGCCACAAUUGUUCAUGGUCUUGGGGGAGAAAGUGUUUGUGACUUUUCAGAGCCCAGAUUCCUGUUGGCUACGAAAACUUGAAAGGAGGGGUGGUUAGCAUUUCUCUUCUUCCCGAAAUGACUUUAAGUGUUAUUUUAACCCAGGGUGAUUGAUAAAAGACUUUCUAGCAUUCUCUUCUAGGGCCUUUGGCUUUCACUGGAAGGGGGGCCCUCAGCACCCAGAUUUUAUUUUUGCAAAGACCCAGGUAUGAGUCUGCCAUGUAGAUGGACUAGUCUGGCAGUCACUCCUUGCCUCACAGUAUUUGGAGGCAACAGCAUAUGCCUUAUUUCCUUGAAGACAUAGCAUUUGUGACACUUGUCCUCUUGGCCUAGAGCCAUUCAUCCACUCUGUAUUUGCCAUAAACUUCACAUUUCAGACCAAAAUAUCUCUACCUGGACCCAAUCACAUACAUACACGGGGGCCUCUGAAAUCAUUCUGUGGGCACAGAACCCCAAGGGGUAAAUGAAGUUACCAGUGCUGUUUUUAACCAUCUCCUGGGUAAUAACACAACCCUGACUGGUUCUGCUCUGACCUCUUGGUCUAAAAGAUUUAGAAGGGAGGGUCUCUGAGAACCGUGGCUUUGCUUAAUGCUCUGAUUCUGCUGUGAACAGGGAAAGAUGGUUCAGCCCUGAAGGUUAGGAUCUAGCAGGAGCUGGACAGACUUAAUAUGCGGUUGUGGGGUUUGUUAAAAUGGCUAUAUGUGAGGAUCUCCUCCAGGUCAAUGUAAAACUGUUUUCCAGUUUGUCUUUUUUUUUUUUUUUAAUGCAUUAAAAGAUUGACACGUGAAACAAAUCACUUGAAGGUGAUCCCUCUCCCCCUCUGUGACGGCUGCCUCACUCCCUCGGCCACUUCCCUGCAUGCCUGGUGCCCUGCUACAGACUUUACAUUCACUAGUCUGCUUAUGGCUCAAACCAACCCAGUAAGGGGGAUGUUAUUCCUAUUUUACAAAUGAGAAAAAACUCAAAGAUCUUAGAUAAUUUGGUCCAGUCCCUACAGUGACAAAGUGACUGACCCAGGAGUCACACCCAUGUCUGUCUGGCAGCAUAGCCGUGCAGUUCAGCUCUGCCCUGGUCAGAUGAGACUAGGCUUACCCUUGGAGCACAUCUGCUAUGUGCCCUGUCUGAUACCAGUAGUCUGUGAUGAUUGCAGGGUUUUUGUUUUGUUUUGUUUUUUGGGUUUUUUUUUUUUUUUAAUUUUUGGUCAUUUCCUGGCAUCUCCCCCAGCUCCCUUCUCCUUUUGUGCCACCAUAAAGGCAAAUCUUGGAACUGA